GUGGUUGAUCUUAGACUAGACCACUUCUCAGCAUCUGGUUUCCAAUCCAAACAAGAGUUCUUGUUUGCUCACAUUGAUAUGCAGAUCAAGUUGCCGGCGGGGGACUCUGCGGGCACUGUUACUAGUUUUUAUAUGUCAUCACAAGGAUCUAAUCACGACGAAAUCGACCUGGAGUUUCUUGGGAACGUGACUGGUGAACCUUAUGUACUGCACACCAAUGUCUAUACACAAGGGCAGGGGCAGAGGGAGAUGCAGUUCUACCUCUGGUUUGAUCCCACAGCUGCAUUCCACACUUAUAGCAUUCUAUGGAACCCUUACUAUAUCUUAUUCUACGUGGAUAAAAUGCCCAUCCGGCUUUUCUCUAAUGAAGAAGCAAUUGGAGUUCCGUAUCCUAAAAAUCAAGCCAUGAUGGUCUAUGGAAGCAUAUGGAACGCAGACGAUUGGGCAACCCAGGGAGGAAGAGUCAAGACCAAUUGGAACAGUGCUCCCUUCGUCGCUUCUUAUUCAAACUUCAAGGCCACUCCAUGCCCUCGGCAGUCGCAUGAUCUAAUGCGGCAAGUUGAUGAAGGGACGAGGAAGACAAUGAAUCUGUUGCAGAAGAAAUACAUGAUCUACAACUAUUGCACAGACACCAGGCGCUUCCCUGAGGGCCUUCCCCGGGAGUGCCCGACGGAAAAUGUUAAAUUUAAGUAG